AUGGUUGGCACUGAUAAUUUGGGUGAAAUAAAUGGAAUCAAUGUUUUAGUUGAAUUGGCUGGUACCAUUGUAGCAGGAUUGGCUGGGACUGAUGUUGUAGCAGGAUCGUCUGGAACUGAUAUUGUAGCAGGAUCGUCUGGGACUGAUGUUGUAGCAGGAUCGUCUGGGACUGAUGUUGUAGCAGGAUCGGCGGGAACCGAUGUUGUAGCAGGAUUAGCUAAGGGCAAUGUUGUAGCAGAAUUGGCUGGGGCUGAGGUGUUAGCAGGAUUGGCUGGCACCGAUGUUGUAGCUGGAUCAGCUGAGACCAAUGUUGAAGCAGGAUCGAAUGGAAGCAAUGGUGUAGGAAUAUCGUCUGGGACCAAUGAAGCAGAAUUAUCGGCUGGAACCAAUGGAGUAGGAAAAUCGUCUGGAACUAAUAGAGCAGGAAUAUCGUCUUGA